AUGUUUUUCAAGUUAUGCCAAUCGUCUGAGUAUCUGCUUGGAAUUCAGUGCUACUCCUUAAGCGAGAAGAAAAGUAAAGGUAAAAAACAAAUUAAAAAAAAAAAUAAAAAGCAAUAUAAAAAGCAAAAAACAGAGAUAAAAGCGGAAUGCAAAGCUAAAAGUAGAGAAGAAAUAAAAACAGAGCCCUUUCAAAGAGAAAAUGUCCAUAGAGAAAAUUGCAGUGGUGAUAACACUUGUAAUUACAUUGAAAAUAAGUUUAGUUCAAUAGCUAGGAAGUUCGAAAAGGUUAAGGAACUAGAUCACCCCAAUAUAUGUAAGUAUAUAAAUUUAAAUAGGGUAAAGAACGAUUAUUUUAUAUUUUCUGAGUAUUAUUCUUUGUCUUUACACGACAUACUGAGUGAUGAACAGGUAAAUUAUGUGUGCUUUAACUAUUUAAAGAAGUUAGCAAGUAAAAAAAAAGGUCAGGUGGAUAUCAAUCGUUACUAUAAUAGUAGCUAUGGUAAUUGGACUAGCACGAGAAGAGUUAUCAAUUUUCCUAUUUUAAAUAAAAUUGUUUAUGAAAUACUUAGUGCUGUUGAAUAUUUACAUUCAAGAAAUAUAAAUUUUUUAAAUAUAACACCUAGAAACAUUUUAGUUACUUCAAAAGGGAAAAUAAAAGUUCACAAUUACUGCAUGUCGUAUUUAUUUAAUGACCAUUCAUGUGAAUGGAAAAAUAAAAAUAAAUUUUUUAAAAAUAAAUUUGCGCUGCAAAGUUUUUCUUCCAAAAAGUAUGUUGAGAAUGUACUGGUGGCUUACGGCUUGAAAAAUGGCCCAAUAGGGCACGAUGAUGAGAAAAUGCCUAACCAGGGCAAGGAAAAAAAGGAAAUAAAAAAAAAUGAUAGCAAUGAGGGUGAUAAAAAUGGCAACAAUAAUGAGGGAGGAAAAAAGAGCUUCUUUCUCCAUGUUGACGACUAUUUUAAGUAUUACAGUUGUAUUAACGACCUUUUGUACUUCCCUCCGUGGUUCAUAUUUUUAAAUUUGCUAAAUAAUCAAAAAGUUCGUUUAGAGUACAAUAUAUAUGAACACAUGGACAUCUUUAGCGUCGGUAUGGUCAUGGUACAGAUGAUGAACGGCUUGUUAGAUUUACCUUUUAUGAUAAAAAAUUUUUCAUAUUUUUUCGUCUCAAAUGAAAUUAACAAUCAGAUUGAUUGUAGAAGGAGCAAGGUGAACACAGAAGACAGAAAACAAAUUGGGAAAAGAAGAAUCACAAAUAGAAUUUCUCUAUCUGAUUCUUUAUUGUUAAGCGAAGAAAGAGGAAGAAGUUCAUGUUCAAAUUACAUGAACAAGGUCAGAAAAAAACAUUGUAAUAAAGCUCAAAUGGAGAAGAAUAAGGCCCAUUUAAGGGAAAAAAAAAAAAUAGGUAAACAGAACGAAGAAAAAAAGACUUAUCCAUGUGACCAGGAAACGCAUCGUAAGUUCCAGAUGCAUGAUUGUAAGUUAAAGAAGAUUUAUCAUGUAGUUCAAGUUUUUAAAAGAAUAAUGGAAGAUAGGAAUAAAAACAAAAAAAAGGAGAAAAAGGAAUCAAAUUGCACCACAAAUGUGUACACUGUUCAUCUUUGUAAGGAGAAGCAAAAUGAUGAAAGCAUGACUAGACAGAAAUUUUACUUAAAUAGUUCUUUUGAAGAAAACAACGUUAUUAGCAAAAUUGAAAAACUCAUUGUGCUUCUGCUAUACAUUAAAGUUUAUUACAUUUAUAUUUUCCUGUGUCGAGGGGGUGAUAAUAAAAGGAAAAGUGGAGAAGCAGCAACAAGAGAAGCAACGGAUGGAGCUGAGAGAGCAGUUGCAGAAGUAGAGGCAGGCGUAGAGCUAGGCGUAGGCGUUGGAGUGAAUAAAAGGAAAGAGAUAAGUCUUAUAAAUGUAAAUAUAUGUAAAAUUUUUCAAAAAAUUUUCCAGGAAAAUAAGAACCACAGGAGGAAGCGUUAUAAGCUCAUAAAGAUGACGUAUAAUAUAAUGAAAAAUAUAAUCUCUAAUUUAACAAACUGCAAAAUAAGUACUUGUUUCAUUAAAGCAGUUGAGAACAUGUACUCCGAAUUUUAUAGUGUGAAUAUAUUAAAACAAAACAUGAGGAAUGUUUUUUCCUUCGAUCAGAUAAACCAGAAGACUUUUUUUCUAAACUUUGUUCAUACAUGUUUAUCAUUAAAUUAUGUUAGAGGUAGUGCCAGUUCAUUGUUAUCGCAUCCUUUUUUUUAUUACAACAAAUAUGCUUCUCCCUAUGGUGAUAAUUUACUGAGUUGUAGUAUAAGAGAUAAUUUCGUUGAAAGGGAAGAAGUUGUUACAUGUAGAGACCGUACCUUAUCCACUGCAGUAAACGAAGUAAACACAUCUAGUACUUAUUUAAUAAAAAAAAAUUGUAAGGAAAGAGAAACUAUUAAUGGUAAACAUGUUUAUGAUAAAGUGAAAAACACAGAGAUAAUGAUAAUAGAUGAGAAACCCCUUCAACAGUAUUACUGCAACCCGUUCAUGACAGAUUAUAUUGUAAAUAGUAAAGAUAAAAACGAAUUAAGAGGAAAAUAUUUUAUAACUGAAAGGAAUAUAUAUUACUGGUUCAACUUACUAUAUAAGAGUAACUACGUUAAAGAAUUAAUGAAUAUAAAUUUUUUUCAUAAACCUUGCAAUAUAUUAAAAAUACCAUAUUUUAUUUAUAGAAAAAAGAAAAAAUAUAAUCAUUUUUUUUUCUUCUCCUUUUUUAAAUUGAACCUUUUAAAUAAAUACAACAGAAUAUUUAAUGUAUAUCGUAAUUUAGCUAUAGACAAAUGGAGGGUGAAAAUAAGGAAGUAUGAAAAGGGGAAUUUUACUACAUGCAAAAAUCAAAUAAAAGGUUAUGCAAGUGCAUAUGGAAAAGGAAUACUGAUAAACACUUAUGAAUUAAUGAAGAAGACCCGCCUUGCCAUGGAGGGAUAUACAUAUCAAUUUGUUCCACAUCCGAGAGGUAAACGAAAUAUAUGGCAUACUACCCCACAAAAUAGGGGUAAGGUCGAACGAGAAGGAGAUAGAACAAAAAAAGGGGCAAGUGGUGGGGAGGAAUAUAACCAAAGGAGUGGUAACAAUGAUGAUGACUACGAUUACAAUUACAAUUACGAUAAUAAUUACAAUUACGAUUACAAUUACGAUUAUAAUUACAAUUACGAUUACAAUUACGAUUAUGACUCUUAUUACGAUUAUAAGGAUGAUUAUUAUGGUGUGGAUGGAAUAAAGCACAGGGUGGAUGAUACCUCACAUGGAAGUAACGAACUAUCAGUAUAUAAUGAGGACAACACUAAUAACACUUUAUCAACAAGUUCUAACUUUUUUUAUUUAUCAUUCAUUGUUAAUAAUUCUCAUAUGACAUUCAAAGAUUAUAAUUUGAAUACUGUCGGAGUUUACCUUACCGAGUUUUAUUAUGUUAUAAAAGAUGCAUAUUUAUUUAUAUCAAAUAAUAAAAAUAUAUCGCAUGAGGAGGGUGAAGAGGAGGAUGACUGGAUUUAUAAAAAAGAUUUUUUUUUCAUUUAUCAGUAUAGUCUAUAUAUAAAAUUUCAAGCAAUAUUAACCUAUGAUGGUCUAAAUAAAAUAAAAUUGAUUAAAGAAAUAAAGCAAGGUUUUCCUUGUUAUUUAAGAGGCGUUGUCUAUUUGACUCUCCUCAAUUAUUGUUAUCAUUCGUUAGUGAAAAAGGCUAUAGAAAAAAAUGAGGAGAUGAAAAUGUUGAUCUGGGCAAUUUCUCAAGGAGUAAAAGUGGUGGGAGGGGGUUCCUACCCUCAUAGGGGAGAGCCCCAUUUAAGCGGUGAUAAUGUAAUGAGUGAUAAGAUAAGGAGUGAUAAGGAAAUGAGUGAUAAGAUAAGGAGUGAUAAGGUAAUGAAUGAUAAGAUAAGCGGUGAUAAGAUAAGGAGUGAUAAGGUAACGAGUGAUAUGUUAACAGAUGACGUUUCGACAGAGGACAGUUUUGAUGAAAACGUUGUUAGGCAGGCGGAAUGCCUACGGAAAAAUAUUUCACUAAUGGACAAGGAAAGAUCUUGUAUGGAUAAAUUUUUAAAAAACAAAUGUAAAGGUACGAACGACUUAGUUGGAAGCAAAACAUUUGGGAAGAGGAUGUACACGUUAUUAUUAUUGUUAAAUGUAAAAUUAGGAGUAAAAAAUAAAAAAAAAAAAUAUUUGAAAUAUUUAUUAUUACCGAUAACUCUACUUUAUUAUGAUAAUUUAUAUUUAAGUUACAAAUGUAUCAAAAAAAUUGUGCAAAAUUAUUUGUUAAAUCUGUACAAAAAUAAUCAUUUUUUUGAUGAAUUUUUUUAUAUUUUUAAUAGCCUUUUAAAUUACUAUAUUCCAGAUCUUUCAAUUUUCUUUUUUAAAAAUAAUAUAAAUAUAAUUAUUAUGAUAAAAAGUUGGGUAUGUUCGUUAUUUUCCAAUUUCUUCGAUUUACAUAACAUGUAUUUGUUACUGGAUAAAAUUCUCAUUCAACCACCAUCUUACUUAUUUUUUGUAUGUUUGUCCAUUCUGAUGAAUCUCAAAAAAUAUAUUAUUAUGAACACGUGUAGAGAUAACUUUUACAAACAAAUAAUCUCCUUAUCAAGUUUAGUUAACAUGAACUUUAUUUUAAAGAAUUCCUCAAGUCUUUUUAACAACUGCCCCGUGAUGUUCACCACGUUUCCUGGUAUUAAUGAAUGCAAAGAGCGAACCACGGACAUAGUAGAAGAUAACAGAAAAUACAGUCAUAUUAACUAUUUAAUCUAUUUAAUCAGGAACGAAGAAUGGACCGAAUAUUACGUGCAUAAGGAUACGUUUAAGGUGUAUAAAAAGAAAAAGGGGGGGAAAAGAAAACAAAAAAAAAAAAAAAAUUGCUCACAUAUAUGCUUCGAAAAAGAGGUCACAUCAGCGAACAAAGAAGACCAAAAGGAUAAAAAGGAGCAAAAUGGUUUAAAUAAACAAAAGGGUCGUUUGUUUCCAAGUAACACACAGCUAUGUAAUGAAAAUAGUAAGGCAAUGGCGGGAAAUUAUGACUUUGCAGGGGUAGAAGAUCACUUUACCAGUAAUAACGCAGCAUAUGCCGCAAAUGGUGCAGAUUUAGUUCGAGCAAAUUUUACUACAAAAGUAGCACAUGUUAAUUUUAAAAAAAUAGUUGACAAUACUCGCAAAAUUGACAGAUCUGCCAAAAUUGACAAAGUUAAAAAAUUAAAAAUUUUAAAACAAAAACAAGAUCAUAGACAUACAGAGAAUAAAGAAUGUUUUAAAAAUGAGAAUUCAUCUCUGAUAUGCAAUGAAAAUGGAGUAAAAACAAAACAUACCAAGAAUGAUAAAACAAAACCAAUAAAAUUAAAGCAUUAUUAUUAUUAUGAAUACUUUUUACACUUUUACAAUAUAAACAAAAAAAAAAGAAACGUAUAUGAAUUUAUUUCGCAUGAAAAUAAGAAUUUUCAAAAUUGCAAACUAAUAAGGAACACGAAAAAGCAAAAAAAUAAUAGCACAAGUAAUAAUAAUGUGUACUAUAAGAUAACAAAUAAUAAAAAAAAAAAAUUUAAAAAUAUUGAAGUUACUAAAUUAAAUAGUUUUCCUAUGUUUCCAUUCUUUUAUACAACAAAUUUGUCAAAUGAAUUUGCCCUUGAUCAGUUUAUAAUUGUUGAUAUGCGUUCUCCUCAAAAUUUUAAAAAGAAGCGAUUGAAAUAUUCUGUACACGUUAAUACUUUUUUGAUUAACGUGAAAAAGGGAAUUUACAGUAAUUACAUGGAUGAAAAAUUUGAAAUGAAUUUUAAUUUAAAGACAAUAAUUCUCAUAUUUAACAACUCGAUUUUUGAUUUUGACUCCAUCUAUAAUUUUUUUAAUUUAAAAAUUAAACGUAUAACUAUUUUAUGGGGUGGUUUUCAAUAUGCGUUGAGCAAACUGCCAUCAAAUUAUUUCGAAUAA